AGAAUCGCUUCUCCGGAAGUUCAGUGGCGUGACUACUGAAGGAAAGGGAGCUUUAGCAGUGGGAACUGGCAAGGCAAGGAUUGAGCUCACUCACUCAUUCACUCAAUCACUUGAGAUUCAAAUUGCGUCUACGAAAACAAACACGGAGGGCACAAUGUUUCGAAACGAAGACAUCCGCGUGAUUUCUUCUUCCAUUAAAAUUCCUCUCUCUAACAAACGCCCAAACUCUCCUUUCGAAACCGCGCGUACUCACAUUGCCAACGCCACAAACUCGAUUUCGCAACUCAUUCACUCCUUCACCGCUCACUCUACUGAGUUAACUCGCUCUGUGCUCCGAAAAUCGUCCAUUCUGUCCUCGCCGAAGUUAACAUUACCGAUUCUGUGUUCGGCGUCAUUGUCCUUGGCGGAGGAAGCUCAACAGAAGGCUCGGCAGAAUGAGGAGAGAGUGCUGAUCAGCGAAGUGCUGGUUCGAAACAAAGACGGCGAGGAACUAGAAAGGAAGGACCUGGAGGCGGAGGCGGUGCAGGCUCUCAAAGCUUGUCGACCUAACUCGGCUCUCACAGUGCGCGAGGUACAAGAGGAUGUGCAUCGCAUAAUCAAUAGUGGAUAUUUUUCUUCCUGCAUGCCGGUUGCCGUUGAUACGCGUGACGGUAUCCGAUUAGUAUUUCAGGUAGAACCAAAUCAAGAGUUCCAGGGGUUGGUAUGUGAAGGAGCUAAUGUACUUCCGGCUAGGUUUUUAGAAGACUCGUUUAGAGAUGGAUAUGGGAAAAUUAUCAAUUUGAGGCGUUUGGAUGAAGCUAUAUCUUCCAUUAAUGGCUGGUACAUGGAGCGUGGUCUUUUUGCCAUGGUUUCAGCUGUUGAGAUUCUCUCUGGGGGUAUUCUGAGAUUACAAGUUUCGGAGGCUGAGGUUAAUAAUAUUUCCAUACGGUUUCUUGACAGGAAAACAGGAGAGACGACAAUAGGGAAGACAAAGCCUGAAACAAUACUUCGGCAAAUUACAACCAAGAAGGGACACGUCUACAGCAUGCUUCAGGGAAAAAGAGAUGUAGAAACUGUAUUAACUAUGGGGAUCAUGGAAGAUGUUAGCAUUAUUCCCCAACCAGCGGAUACAGGGAAGGUUGAUUUGGUGAUGAAUGUGGUGGAACGUCCCAGUGGAGGAUUUUCUGCAGGUGGUGGGAUAUCAAGUGGGAUUACAAGUGGUCCACUGAGAGGGCUCAUUGGAAGCUUUGCCUAUUCCCAUAGGAAUGUUUUCGGUAAAAACCAGAAGCUCAAUAUUUCCUUAGAGAGGGGCCAGAUUGAUUCAAUCUUUCGUAUAAACUACACAGACCCUUGGAUUCAAGGAGAUGAUAAACGAACAUCUAGAACAAUUAUGAUUCAGAAUUCAAGAACGCCAGGAACAAUUGUUCAUGGUAAUGCAGAUGGUAGUGGUGGCCUGACCAUUGGCCGUAUCACAGGUGGUAUAGAGUUCAGUCGACCAAUCAGGCCAAAGUGGAGCGGAACAGCAGGACUUGUUUUUCAGCAUGCCGGAGUCCAUGAUGAACAAGGUGCUCCUAUCAUUAAGGAUUGUUACAGCAGUCCUCUUACUGCAAGUGGCAAUACCCAUGAUGAUAUGUUGCUUGCUAAGAUUGAGACUGUAUACACUGGUUCUGGCGACCACGGAUCUUCCAUGUUUGUCCUUAAUGUGGAACAGGGACUUCCUCUUUUGUCUGAAUGGUUGUCCUUCACUAGGGUGAAUGCACGUGCUAGGAGGGGCGUUGAGAUAGGUCCUGCUCGACUUCAUUUGAGUCUCUCUGGUGGCCAUGUGGUGGGAAAAUUCUCUCCCUAUGAAGCUUUUGCCAUUGGAGGAACAAACAGUGUGAGAGGCUAUGAAGAAGGUAGUGUGGGCUCUGGUCGAUCAUAUGUUGUUGGCUCUGGAGAAAUUUCUUUCCCCAUGUUGGGACCAGUAGAAGGUGUUAUAUUUUCUGACUAUGGAACUGAUAUUGCAUCAGGCACAACUGUCCCUGGUGACCCUGCUGGAGCAAGGGGCAAGCCUGGAAGUGGAUAUGGGUAUGGGUUUGGCAUCCGUGUGGAUUCACCUUUGGGUCCUUUGCGUCUUGAAUAUGCCUUUAACGACAGGAAAAAGAAGAGGUUUCACUUUGGAGUUGGCCAUAGAAACUAAACGCCCUCUUGGAAGACAAUUCUUACUAGGUGCUUCUUGAUUGUUUCAUAUAAUCCAAAUUCUUUUAGCCUGCAUGGCCCUUUCCUUAUUUAGGAAAUUUGUAUAUCAUUUUUCUAAAAGAAAUCAAAUUAGCUACCUUGAUGCCUUUUUAAAGUGUUUCCUAUAGGUAUGCUGAAAUGGCUCAUUUUGGUUUUCAUCUUUUCCCAUUGAGAGAACUUAAACAGGAUGUGUGGGUGCUAGUUAGUGUGGAAUGGAUCCUGUGAAUUUUU